UAAAUUUACACAACCUGCGAGGUGACGUCAUCACUACAUCCGGGGCACAGCGCGACCCCUGACCCGAACGGCGCUGCUCACGGUGCAGACACGAGGAGCCGAGCGGCGCGUGUGAGAAUGGCAGCUGCUGACCCUGCUGCUGCUGCUGCAGGAGCGGGCGCCGCGCCGCGUCCCAGCCGCCCGGCCGUGCCCGCGGACCUGGGCGCCUACCUGAGGCGCGCCAGCGAGACGCUGCAGCAGGGCUUCCCCGGCGCCGACGAGCAGGUCCUCUUCGUGGAGAACGUCCUGACGGAGCUGCGUGGCCACGAGCUGCCCGUGGCCAUGGACCCCGUGCUGGGCCCCUUGCUGGAGCGGCUGCUCGAGAGCGCGGACGCGGGCGCCGCGGGCCGCGUGCUGGCCGCCCUGCGCGCCGCGCUGCUCUCCGCCUGCACGCACCGCUCGGCCGCGCACGUCCUGCAGACGGCGCUCACGCAGUGCUCGCGCCUCGCGCAGGCCCCCGCGUCCGAGCCGGGUGGCGACGCUCGGCAGCAGCCGCCGCCGCGCAAGCGCCAGCGAGUCGGUGCCGCGCGGGACGGCGACGAGCAGGGGGACGGCGACGAGCAGGGGGACGGCGACGUGGUUCGGUUGCACGAGGAGGUGGUGGGCAUCGCCGAGGCGCUGGGUCAGGACGAGGAUGAGGAGGAGGAGGGGCCGGCGGGUGGCACCGCUGGGCUGGAGGAGAAGCCGCAGGGCGGGCGCUUCAUGCAGUGCGCGCGCGACGUGCGAGGCAGCCACGUGCUGCGCUCCCUGCUGCAGGUGCUGGGCGGCGUCGCGCUGCGAAGCGCGGCCGCCGGGGUCAAGCACACGGCGGCCAGUGGCGUCACCACGCUGCGGGGCGAGGGCCGUGGGUCUCAGCCAGAUGCAGCGCCCGUGCUCUUCCCGGUUCCUCUGAGUUUCCGCCCGGCGCUGCGCUCGCUCAUCACCCACGGCCUCCUCCCCAACCUCCUCGCUUGCAUCCACGAGGAGGCGCCGGCGCUGGUGCUGCAGACGGCGCUGUUGGUGCUCCACGCCAGCGAUCCCAAGCUGGGGCGCAGGCUCUGCACGUCCCUCCUGGACGGCCUCACGCCCAGCUCCGUGUUGACACUCAUGAAGGAUCACGUUGGAAGUCGUGUGCUGGAGCGCAUCGUCGAGGUGGGAAACCCCAAACUCCUGCGCCGGCUGCACAAGGAGACGCUGCAGGGGAAUCUGCUGCCGCUUGCGCUACACCCCCUGGGCAACUUUGUGGUGCAACGGCUGCUGCAGUGUUGCAGCGAGAAGCUGUUUCCCCGGCUGUGUUCCGAGCUGGUGCCGGCCGUGGAGGAGAUCAUGGCCGAGGGCCACAUGGGCGUGGUGACGCGACUCGCGCAGGCCGCCGGGAGACUCGGCGUGCUGCAGAAGGAGUGUCUACAGCAGCUGCUCGUGGCUUUCCACUGUGCGGAGAAGUCGCGGAGGAAGAGCUGUGCGCUGCCCUUUGCCUGCCUCCUCACGUGGGACAUGCUCUAUGGAGAGAGUGGCACUGAGCAGCCAGAGUCCUUCGAGGUGAACUACCACGGCUCGGUGUUGCUGCAGGUCCUGCUGGGCUUCUCGGAGCCGGCGCUCGUCUCGAGCAGCCUCCUUAGCCUGCCGUCCGCCCAGCUCUCUGCGCUCUGCUGCUGUGCCGCGGGAAGCCACGUGAUCGACGCAUUCAUGGGCAGUGGCACCGUGUCGCGCAAGCACAAGGGCAAGCUACUGCAGCAGCUCAAGGACCAGCUCCGCACCUUGGCCACGAAUAAACAUGGAAGCCGGGUGCUCGACAGACUGUGGGCAAAGAGCGGAGUCAAGCAGCGGGAGGAGGUGGCGCAGGAACUGGCCGCAUGCUGGACUGAUCUGCGCCGUGACCCCAUCGGCCGCUUCGUGGUCCGGAACCUGUGUCUGGAGAAUUUUGUUCGGCGGCCGGAGGAAUGGAAGCAACACCAGGCAUCUCAAGAGAAGAAACGCAAGGCCCUGUCUGAGAUACUUGAGUAAUGGCCAUGGGGCCACCAGCAUGCUUGUUGUCCUUCCCCCGCACCUCCGUACGGUGGGAAAGAAGUUCAACAUACAUACAAUGACCCUUGGUCAUGAAGCCCAGGAGGACCAACGCUAUACUCCAUCAUCACCAUCGUCGUUGUCGUGGUCCCAGUCAUCAGGGUCCAUAUAUCGGGGACUGCCUGGCAAAUAUAAACAAUGUGGUGCAGGGAAGCCAAGAAAUUAAAAAUAUCAGAAUCCUUAUUUAUCCUGGAGAAAUCCGAUGAGCUAUGAAGCUCUUUUUCACAGAUGUCCCACCAUGGGAAUGUGGCAUUUAUGUAAUUCUCACCGCCUCGGGAAACACGCGUGCGAGCCAGUGCUCUCAUUCACGCUUGGUGACACUCAUGUGCCGAGUGAAUACACGCUGCUCCGUGCUGUUAAAUAAACCUCGCUCAGUUUUGGCAAGUAUUUUUAGUGGGUUACGUUUUCUGCGAGAAUAUAUGCCUGACUUUUGUUAGCGACGCGUGUGAAUUUUGUACUCGUAAAUCGGAUUUGUUAUUAUUACACAGCCACACUUUUUUAAGGCCAUUAAACUAUACUUCAAUGC